AUGCGUAUAUAUGCGAGGGAGGGUUACCGGUUGCCGGUUUCUCCUCCUGGGACGAGGCGGGCGAGGGGUGGGGGUUCGUCCCGAGGGAAGCGGGCCUCGGCUGGGAGUGGAUCGGGUUAUCCUCGAGGCUGGGGGACGUCGCCUGAAGGCGAGACCGGGAGUGUGACUCGGACUACUGGUGCCAGUGCUUGGAAGUCGUCAACUGAAGUGAGUUUGGGAUGGAGAAGCCCACCGGCGGAUAGACUUGGCGCACACCCGUUCCAGCUCGGGCAAGAGCUGGCCGAGGGAAUCGAUACUCUAGGGCUUGGCUCGGGGUCCGUCGAUGCGUUCUCUAAUCUCACUCAAGAGCAAGCACGGCUUAGGUCAUCCCUCAGGCCUGUUAUCCAACACACUGCGCACGACCUGCUGGACGUAGGCAUUCCGUAUACGCCAUUCCUUGAAGACGAAUUCCAGCGGUUCCUAGAGAGGUUCGGUCAGCUCCCUGAUCUGCACGCUGGGCCUGAGUCUGCCGAAGACGAAGAGGUGAAGGGCUUUAGCGUGUGA